CAUCGCUGCGUGAGCAACGCUUUUCGAGCUCACUGAUCUAGACUUCGCGCGUAGGGGCUAAGUUGCAUAGCCGCAAAAGCCUGAGAUACUGAAGCGCGAGAGCCUUACCGACAUGUACUGCCGGUGUUGGCGGUCGGCGUAUAUCUCCCGAAGUCGAUCCUCUCGGCUUGAUUCCAGCGGAAGCUUCGACUCAUGCACGGUUGUCGUACUUACAUAAGGAUGGAAUCCCCCGCAUCAUCUUUCUCAGGGUCUGGAGAAGUAGUGCAUCUUCCUUCGACCGAGCAUUGCCAUCAGAUUCCGGCGGCAGCUCACCAGCGAAUAUUCAGCGUCACAACCAGCAGCAAAGAUGGCGCCCAAGCUCGAGAAGACGUUUACUAUGAGAGGAUACAUCAACAAGGAGAACACUCUCGAUCUCAAAGCCAUCAAGACGGGACCUCAGAGGAUCAUCGUACCCAUCGUUUCAGGCUUUGUCAAGGGAUCAGGAUUGGAUGCUGAGAUCUUGCCUGGAGGUGCUGAUUGGAUUCUGCUUGAUCCACCCUCCAACAUUGCCCACAUUGAUGUGCGGACACAAGCACGCGCAUCAAAUGGUCACAGUCUCUACAUCCACUAUAUUGGAGUCCUCAAGAUGGACGAGGGGGCACAGAAAGUCCUGGGUUGGGCCUCCGAUGCCAAAACUACACAGGUUGGGGAUCACCACUGGUUCAAUCAACCCAUCAUUGAGACAAGUGACCCUGAAUUCAAGUGGGUGGAAGAUUGUGUUUGGAAUGGACAAGGCCACUUUGUUGUCGAUGAGAGAGGCUCAGCUGUGGAAUACGAAAUUUACAAAGUCACCAACUGAGAAAUGCUUGCUUUAUUCGCGAUACUUUGAGCGUAUCAUGCUGUGAGUUUCAUGCAACACUUUACUGCGUGAAUUAUCAGGACUUCUCAAUGCUCCAAAGACAUCAGAUACGCCUAUGGGACGAAGGAGAUGCUUGUUGUCUCGGCUAAGCUGAUCUACGUCAAUUCCCAUUGACAGGCUCAAGCCUGCCUGCAGUAC